UUUUAGCAACACAAUGAAGCGAGACAGCACGCCUUGUUUUAAGGUUAGCAGCGGUUACUCAAAGAGCAGACUUGCCUUCAAACAUUUCUUCUUAAACUGUCCCUCAACUAAAUUCAUUAUGGCGGCCAUGAUGGAAACUUCCGAAGCAAACUCACAAGAAACAGAAGAUCGGGCGCGUCUGAGGUUCCAAGUUGAAUUAGAGUUUGUCCAGUGUCUAGCGAACCCUCAUUAUUUAAAUUUUCUGGCCCAGAGAGGCUUCUUUAAAGAGCAGUCAUUUGUAAAUUACUUGAAGUAUCUGCUGUACUGGAAGAAGCCAGAGUAUGCCAAAUUCUUAAAAUACCCUCAGUGUCUACAUUUUCUUGAACUUCUCCAAUAUGAACAUUUUCGCAGGGAACUUGUGAACCCUGCCUGUGCUAAGUUCAUUGAUGAACAGCAAAUUCUUCACUGGCAGUAUUAUUCCAGAAGAAGGAUGAGGAUCAGUGUACCAAAAGCAUCUGGACAAACAGGUUCUGGGUCUGAGGCAGAACCAUCUUAAAAAAUGAAAAUUCCCUGUUUAAAAUGUUAUGUACCAUAGUGUAAAUAUGUUUCAAGCCCUAUGUAUCUGCCCUGCCAAGGUUCUCAGAAAUAUAAAGGAGUAGAUGUAACAUGGUUUAAUUUUCCAACUGUUUCAAGCUCACCUGCAGAUGAGUCAAAUUCAGGACACUGGUAGCUUUGUUUGUUAUCCAGUUACAAGUAGUGUUAAAGCACUUGAAUUUCAACACAAAUGUGACAACUCUUAAGCAUAGAAGUUUGAUGACAUUUGACAUCAACCUGAUAUUGAGAUAACAUAAUUUGUUUCGUCACUGUCUUUACACUAUCAUUCUAUUCUCAUGCAGACAGGCAAUUGCCCUCAUUUUGAUUACGAUUACAUGCAAUGCAUGUGGUACUUAGCAGGGGUUUCAUUAACAUUUUCAGCAGGGGGGCAACUGGAUCUCAUAGGUGGGCGAAGCUUUUUGAACUGAACUUCUUUAAAAGGUAGUCUUUCCUCUACAUGUAAAUUGUCAAACCAGGCGGGCAAAAUCAAUUUGUGUGGUGCCUGGCCCUUAAUGAAACUCCCGACUUAGUCUAGUAGAUACCACAUCUAAGUUACAUAAGUUGAGAUGGGUUACCUUGAGAAUAAAGCCUAAUGUGGGAAAUAAACUCUCUUACCCCUUAUCAUCUCUUAAUGAUAAUCAUAAGGAAUCAAAAUUUUUAGCUUAGAACUCAACCAUCUCUUGUCCAUCAACAUCCAUAAAAAAGUGUUGUAUAAGUUCUUUGAAAUUGAUUUUGUGAUAAAAAUUAAUGCUAUAAGCGGACAAUGUUUUGACCGUUCAAUGGUCAUUUUCAAGUUCGGUAGAAGAAUAAACUUGAAAAUGGUGAAUGGUCGAAACUUUGUUCGCUUAUAGCGUCAGUUUUUAUCACAAAGUGCUGUAUGGUGUGAAAAGGCAUAAAACAAAAACACAUUGCAUGCAAAUUUCUUCUUUAUUAAAUACCUAUUUGUAAACUACAACUUAUUAAGAAAGAUUCAAUAAAUUAAAUGUACAAAGAAGUAUCUUAA